UUUAAACCAUGUCUGCCAAACGCACAAGCAAUAUCUCACUCAAGAACAGUCCAGGCAAGCGCCUGAGAGGGAGCGACGUGAGCAAAGCGCUCAGUCACUCACCGGUGCCGUCAGCGCCAAACGACAACACGUUGCAAAACAGCAGCAGCAACAGCAGCAAUCAAGGUCAAGGGAAGAGACAGCAUCGUCGUCACCGGCAGACCGAACUCCUGCAAAGGCCUCUGGAUAUAGACCAGCUGCAGAAUCGCUUCUUAACCAAAAAAGAGAUCCAGGCAGAGCGCGAAGAGCUCGCCGAGAGUGUUGUCUCUGGCCAACUCAUCGAGGGUACCGACCAAAUCCACAUUAUCAUAGCUCCGAGGGGAGAGGCGGGUAGUGUUUUUUCAUCCAUAGCCGACAUUAUCCACCUCGAGCUGGAACAUUUGCUGAACCCCAAUGCAGAUGGUUCUGAUGCGAGCAGCAUACUCACUCACACCAUGAACCUGUUGUACAAGGACGCCAAAGACGAAAGCCCGCGCUCGCGUCGACUUCGAACCAGAGGGUAUAAGGCUAAAAGGAGGGAGUUCCUCGAAAGUCUGCGAGGAAUCCUGGAGGAGCUGCAGGUGUGGGUCCGCCACCACAACAAGGGCAAGGCCGGCGGCAAGAAAGAAACAAAGUUGUACACCCCUUUCCAGUCCUUCGUUCACUUUGUUGCCCCAUUUGUCAAGUUCCUCUUUGACAAACUUGGUCUCGGUACGCUUUUCCCUUCUGUCGUUCAUCAGCGCUGCAUCAUCUGCUAUCCGAAGACGAACAGAAAGCCCCUAUGCGGCGACGACGACCGCAAGAUUGACAUCGGGUUGACCACCUGUCGACCUGGCGAUUUGGAAGAGCAGCUGCCUGAUAUGUCCUAUGCAGAUAUAUUCGCCAUUGUCGAGGCAAAGUACUCAAACACCCGCAAGGACAAGAAUGACGCAUACAAGCAGCUUGUGGACUACUCGCGCCACAUGUAUGCCGCCCAGCCGAAUCGCCGCUUUAUUCUGGGACAGACCUCCUGUGGAACUGAAGUGCGGGUCUGCUUGUUCUCAAACGACUGCAUAUUUGCAAGCAACCCCAUGGACGUGUCAAUAAGCGCAGGUCGUCGGGAGUACAUUGGGCUACUGGUGAACCUCUCGCUGUGCGACAAAGACCAGCUGGGGUAUGAUCCGACGAUGACCUGGGAUAGUGAGCACGAGUACUGGAUCAUCGAGUGCCCUGACACUACAGGCGAGUCAUCGGGCAGCCAGGCAACAAAAACGUACUACUUCAGAGAUGAAGUUGCCAAAGCUGAUAGCCUUUUCGGUCGGCACACGAGGUGCUUUUUGGUAACAGAUGAGGACCCUGCUGGUGACAGAAUCAAGCCCAAGUUUGUUGUGAAGGAUUCAUGGCCGGAGGUUCUACAGGACCAUGACGACACACGGGACGAGGUUAUGUUUAUGCGCAGAAUCACAGAGGAACUUGCGAACUCAGAUGUCGAGGACUUGGUCUAUCCAAAGCUCAAAACCGGUGGUCGUGUUUCGUUCGAUACUGACGGGGGCCGAUUUGAGGACAACACGAGAAAUGUGCUGGGCCCACUCUACUCAUUGCGCAAGCCAGACAAUACAGCAAUACCGUUCCGCGUCCACAAGCGUCUGGUUAUGUCACCGAUCGGCGAACCGCUGGAAACCGUCGGUUCUGUCCACGAGCUUAUUGUUGUGCUAGGCGAUGCGAUGCGCUGCCACACCGAGGUUCUGCGGCGGUGCAACAUCCUCCACCGUGACAUCUCGGACAGCAAUAUCCUUGUUGUGCGUGAGGAAGGCAAACCACUUCGCGGACUACUGAUGGACUUCGAUAAUGCACUGGAUGUGAAAAAGAUUAAUGACUGCACUCGUACGGUUCAGUCAGGGUCAAAUAUCUAUAUGAGUAUUAACAACUUACUAGGCCCAAAUGUGGAGCGGACAGAGCUGGAUGAUUGGGAGGCAUUACUCUAUCUCGUUUGCCUUAAUGCAAUUGUCGGUAUUGGAGAGAGAUAUCAGCGAUCACCAGAAGAGAUGAGGAAGUUCGAAAUCAAGAAUUGGCGUACUGGUAACACUCAAUCUGUCGGAAUAUCAAAGGCAGGGGCUUUGGCAACCAUUCGUGCCUUUGAACGGUACACAAUCCAUCAGUUCAAGAGUGACCAGCCUGAUAUCAAGGAUUUGCAGAAACUAGCAGGUAACAUCUACUCCAAUCUGUUUUGGAACCCAACUCUUAGCAAUGGCUGCUGCAUGGGUACUGCAGAUAUACAUAUUGAUGGUAUGUGGUUUAAUCCAUUUGAGGAACGAGCAAGUCAAAGGGGCACAAUUGCUUCAAGCUUGCUUGAGAUCAUGGAAAAAGCCUGGAGGGACUCGAUGAUGGUGGUUAAAGCACUGGCAGACUCAGAUGCUUGA